UAAAAUAACUAUGUAAUGAAUGAACUUCAAAUUAUAAUAUACUGUGUGGUUUAUCGGCUAAACUGAGUUAUGUGUUACCAAUAAAUCAAACGCAUUUCGAAAUGGAAGGAAUGACUAUUCUACGUUUUCUGCUCUUGUCAAAAAGAUGUCAAAAAAUCAGUAAUUUCUUGCUUACGAAUGCGAAUAUGGUUUUGCUAGACAAUUCUUCGUUUAUAAUCCGGCUAGAAAAAUUUGCUAAUGCUGCGAAGAAGGACUCGUCUUUUUCCGUAACAUUCAAACGUUACAAUGGCCAGAAUAGGCCAAAACCACGAGAGGGACGCUCAGAUCUACCUGAACCUGAAAUAUACUUGUGCCUUAUGCGUGCACAAACGAAAUCAAAGAAAAUUUCUACAAUAGUGAGACAAGAAGAUGUUCCCAGAAUGAUGAAUAUGUAUGGGCAAUUCAUGAAAAGCAAUAUGGAUGGCCUGAAGCGUUUAAAGAAAGCGAAGAGCAAGUCGAAGGCAGCAAAGGGAUAAAAGCAGUCACAACCUUUUUAAAGAUGUAAUUUAUCUAAAACAAACUGUAAAAUUAUCACUUAAUUAGACAAUAACUGUCAGUGACAGUAAUUAUUAACUAAAUAAAACAUUUUUAAAGCUGGUGUAAAAAAGCACAUCGGUAAAAAAAUUGUAUUUGUAUAUAGAAAUGCUCAAACAUGUGAAAUCAGACUAAUUAAAGUAGGUAGCGAUUUUUUUUCAGAUACCCAAUCAAAACUUCCGAGAAUACAAUUACUUCCGUAAAUAAGUAAUACGUUUAAUCUACAAAUAUAUAUUUUAAUCCUUCUUCGUUAUUAAACCUUGCUUCUUUAAUUGACGCAGGGCACAUUUCGCAGCAGUGCACUUUGCUAUACGAUAGUUGCGGCCAAUACCACGGAAAGUUCCCUUGCAAAAUACGUCAACGGUAACUCGCACACGACGCCCAUCAGCCAGUUUCUCCGGUUUUCUAACAUAAUAAAAAAUAAAAUAUAUACAUAUAUAAAAGAACAUUUAAAUUUCAUCAUCUCAAGUUAUUAUUUGUAGUUACCCAAAUUUAGCUGUUUCUGGUUCCAAUUCUAGCAACUCUCUAAUGGGUGAUUUUGGCACUGAAUUACUAAAUUGUUCAAUUUCCGGUUUCAUCAUAUUGCUAUACACCUGCCACACAACGUCUAACGACAUAUUGGAAUCCAGAAAAAUUGCACCCGCAAUUGACUCAAAUACAUCACCUAAAGCUUUUGGUACUUCAACGUCUUCAGCGUCAUCACACUCUUCUUCCGAAAGUAGGUAAUACUACAAAAAUAUAUGGAAUAUUAUUUUUAACUAUCUACAUAUAUCCACAUAACUGUGGAAAAUUGCUUUUUACUUCUUCACUUAUACUGUGUCCAUUUUCGUUUUGUAUACGUACAAAACGAUCGAUAACUUCGUUUAGACCUGGAGACAAAUGUCGAAAAUAUUUGUGAAAACCGUGUCGAACGGCCAAUGAUGCAAAUAUAGUAUUAUUCACCAAAGCUGAACGUAAAUCAGUCAAGGCACCGGGUGAGUGUUGCCUGGGAUCUUCAUAGAGGUGACGUGUAAUUAAAUAAUCUAGGACUGCAUCACCCAGGAAUUCUAACCGUUGAUAACAAUCUGUCAAACGAUUAGGGGAAUAACUAGCAUGAGUCAUGGCCUGUAAUAGGUAAGAACGAUCGCGAAACCUAUAACCUAAAGUC